AUGGUAUUGAACACUUAUUUAGAACUAACAGUCAACCUAACAAAAAAGUUCGUGUCGGAGAACGUUUCAUCCGGGGAAGAAAACAUAAACACGACGGUAGAGACUGACAAGUUUAAUCAGUUCACUGUCGAAAGAGACGGUAAACGGGCAUAUGUUGUCAAUAUUAAUGAUUUAGGAGGGCAGUCAGUACUCAUAUCGGUUGUUGAUACGGAAGAACGUGCGGAAAGCGUUGUCAUUCAUUGGAGUCAAGAUAUACAUUUGCCAUUGAGAGAGAAUGAGAUCCAGGAACUGGUAGAAAAUGACUUCUACAAUAAGAUUGCUUUCAAAUUCGGUGGUAAAGAAGAAAAAGCAUAUGAAGCUCCUCCUAGGCCCACUGAGCCUCCAGUACACAUAAAACCUGUUAUUCCCACAUCUGCAAAUCCAGUAUUAGUUGGAGGGGGCAAUAGAACAGGUAACAGAGCUGGAAACAGAACCAGACCAUCAGAUAUGCCAGACUUUGACGACGAAUAUGAAAUUAGAAAUAAUCAGGAUAUAAUACAAGAUCCUACGUUCCCUCUGAUUGGAGACCGAGACCUCAAUCCACUUUCCUCCUCCGGCGACGGUGGAAUGAUACCAUCAAUGGAUCAUCCCAUAUUUGGACGGCCAAGCUCCAGCGGUGCAACCUCGAGGUUGGGAGUACCUCCAGGAGCACGAUUUGACGAUCCUCUUGCAGAAGAUGACUUCGAUUCAAUGGGUAAAGGCUUACCAUCGAUGCUGAAGAACUUAUCCGGAGGAGGAGGUAGCUUUGGUGGAGGCUUUGGAAUUUAA